AUGUCAGUGCUACAGGCAAUCAUGAAUCACCACCAUACCUCACCCACAAUUAUAGCAAUCCAACAGCUCCUGCGUAACAAUCUGCAAACACGCAUCAAACUAAUCUGGGUGAAAGGGCAUGUUGGCAUAGAGGGUAACGAGAUGGCCGACCAGUUAGCAAACGAGGCGGCACUCAACAACGACGCGCAAGAGGUGACAACUCCAAUCCCGACUUCGUAUUUAAAGCGAACGCUAAGAGAACUAAGCAAAGAACAGUGGCAACAGGAGUGGGAUAACUGUGAUACAGGAAGAAGGACACACAAAUGCUACCCAAUAGUAGACAACGAACGUCUCCAGGCCAUUGCACCCUUGACAUACUAUAUCACGGGGCACGGCCCAUUUCCAUCCUAUUUUCAAAGACAUGCAAUUUCGAUGACAGAUAUAUGCGUCUGCGGGGCAACUGGCUCCCCCGACCACUACAUAUUUGAAUGCAGCCUUACAUCCAACUUACACCUACCACUCCCAGCCACAAAUAUAGAAUCAUAUAAACGAUUCAUCAUUAAGCACCCACCAGCGGUCAAAAAGAUCUGCCAAAUAAUUAGGCAGGUCAACGACCUAGGGCAAGAUAUCUGCCAACCAAACUAG